GGCUGGGGGAGGUGAUAGGAGGUGUCGCGCGCUUGCUUAGUCCCUUGCAAUCUCGGCAGUUGGCGCAACGUCGCUGAUUGGCUGGGUGGCGCAGCAGAGUCUCUCCGGCUCUAGGCUUGGAGAAGACUAGUCUCGCGGUUUCCUCUGCCUGGUACUUCUCGGUGGGGUGACAGUGAUGGGCUCCCGGGCGUCCACUUUGCUUCGGGACGAGGAGAUCGAGGAGAUCAAGAAGGAGACGGGCUUUUCUCACAGUCAGAUUACUCGUCUAUACAGUCGAUUUACCAGUCUGGACAAAGGAGAAAAUGGCACUCUUAGCCGUGAGGAUUUUCAGCGCAUUCCUGAGCUUGCCAUCAACCCACUAGGAGAUCGGAUUAUCAAUGCCUUCUUUCCAGAAGGAGAAGACCAGGUAAACUUCCGUGGCUUCAUGAGAACUUUGGCUCACUUCCGCCCCAUUGAAGAUAAUGAGAAAAGCAAAGACCAGAAUGGGCCAGAACCACUCAACAGUCGGAGCAACAAGUUGCACUUUGCUUUUCGGCUAUAUGAUCUGGAUAAAGAUGACAAGAUUUCCCGGGAAGAGCUUCUUCAGGUGUUGCGGAUGAUGGUUGGUGUAAAUAUCUCUGAUGAACAGCUGGGCAGCAUUGCUGACAGAACUAUCCAGGAGGCUGAUCAAGAUGGUGAUAGUGCUAUCUCCUUUACAGAGUUUGUUAAGGUUUUGGAGAAGGUGGAUGUAGAGCAAAAAAUGAGCAUUCGAUUUCUUCACUGAUGGAUUAAGGUCCCUUCCUUGUUGUCCUGAUAUUUAAGAAAUAGAGUUUAUUUUAUCCUCCUUUCUCCUGAGCAUUGCUACUGGUGCAUGUGAGGUACAUCUCCAAAUCCUUCUCAGUUUGUUCCAUCAAUGUGAACAUUCCUUCUGCAUCAGAACAAAAGGAUGUGGCUGCAGUGCAGCCUGGAAUGGAGCAGUGAAAUGGCCUCUUCCUCACAACUCUCUCUGCAUUGCUUUCAAAUUAGAAUUGUGUUCUUCCUGUGUACGAUAGCCUUCUAACAUCUUAUGAACUCUGAAUUGGAAACACAGAGCAAAUUCCACCAAAGAGCUAUUUGGAGUACAAUAUAAAUUUCUUUGACUGAGAAGUAGUAUAUUCUGGGUUUUUUUUUCAUGCCUUCUAAACUUCAAGGUAAUGCAAGGCAAAUGGUUUUGUUUUCGGGAUGAAGGCUUGGGGAGUAUACCCUCCCAUCCAUGUAAAACAAGAAUUUGUUUAUAGGGAUGUAGGGCACCUACCAAGUUUGUAAUCUGCAGUUCUGAGAGCUCAACAACUAGGCAUCUGCAUUAUGUGUCUUCAUGCUCAUUUUUUCUGUACCAGUAAAAGUUAAAUACCUUCACACUAAUCAUCCCCCUUUGUUGAAUUACUUGCUCUGAGUUCUUCCUCUCCCCAUCUUUGAUUAUUUUUUCAAUGUUUGCAACAUAUUUUGUUUAUUGCGCAACUGUGAUGAAAGUCCUAUUUUCAUUUUAAUCACAGUAGCCCACUUAGAUUUUUGAGCUCUGACAGGUGUUCUCACCGCCCAGGCUGGAGGAUUGGGAAAAGGUUAUAUGCUCUCUUCAUUGGGAACACUAACAUUUUUAUGAAAAUAUUAGCAUGUGACUACGAUUAAGUUAUAUUUUCCUUCAAGCGCACUCCAAUUAUUAAACAUUGCUACAUCAAAUUUUGAUGUAAUUUCAGAGCAGUAAAAGCUUCUUUUGAACUUUCCAAACUGGGUUACCUUUGUGGUUCAAUAGGCAAUUCCAUUAUGCUAAUUUUCAAAAUCAGCUGUUUUCAGCAAUGCAACUUGAAUUGACAGUGUUUGCCUCCAAAACGGACAAUAUACUUCUACUAAAUUUUUAUUUACAUUAUUAAAUCAGUGUUCAGAUGUUCUUGUCCUCCCCAUUACUUUCACAUGUCAGCAUGUCUGUAAGUAUUGAAUGCAGUUUAUUGAAUGCAAUAUAUUAUUACUUCAGUCCUGCAAAAUUCAGUGAUCUUUUAGAGUUGUACACAUUUUUUUCACUUCAAAAAACUGCAGAAGAAAGUCUUUUUCAGACAAAAAUGUAAAGUUGGAAAGGCCUGGGAGCAAAAUUAAAUAUUGAUCUCUCAAAGAGUUUAGGAUUUUGAUCAUGGUGUAACGUAGACAUUUUAUAAAAAGAAGGAAUGUAACAGUAACAUCAUUAGAUGUCAUAGAUUGAAAUAGCUUAUUUUCAAAGAAACACAUCUUCCUUUUGAUUCUGUAGCUGUAAUCUACAGUUGUGCCUUGUCAGAUCUAUUGUAUUCAUCAACAAUCCAUGAAUAAAAUCCUUCACCAUAA